AAUGGCAGAAUACAUAAGUUUGAAUGAGGAUGGAGGAAUCUAAAAGUUAAUUCUUGAGGAAGGGCAAGGAGAUUAACCUUAAUAAGGUAAUGUAUGCGAGGUACUAAAAAUUUAUAAAUCUAAGAUGUUCUACACUGGAAAAUUGGAAGAUGGAACAGUAUUUGAUUCAAAUGAAGGAAGGGAUCCUUUUAGUUUCACUUUAGGUGAAGGUGAGGUCAUUAAAGGAUGGGAUGUUGGUGUUGCAUCAAUGAAGAAGGGAGAAAAGGCGCAAUUAAAAAUUAAAUCUGAUUAUGGAUAUGGAUAGUAAGGAAGUCCUCCUAAAAUACCAGGUGGAGCUACUCUUAUUUUUGAUGUCUAAUUAGUAGAUUUCAAAGAAAAAAAGAAAUAGAAAUGGUAUAAAUAAUUAAUAUAUUAUUAGGGAAAUGAGUGAUGAAGAAAAAACUAUUGAAGCUAAACAAUUUAAAGAAUUAGGAACAAAUGCUUUUAAGGCAAAGAACUAUUCUGAAGCCAUUAAAUAGUAUCUUGAGGCUGUCAGCUAUUUCGAAGCUGAAACAGAAUUUGCUCAUGAACAAAAAUUGGCUUCUCAUUUAAACCUUAGUCUUUGCUAUUAUUAUACAAAAGACUAUAAAGAAUCUCUGGAUCAUGCAACAAAGGUUAUUUAAGAUAAACCAAACAAUAUUUAAUUAGUUAAGGCAUAUUAUAGAAGAGCAGUAGCACAUAGUUCAUUAGGUGAUUACACCGAAGCUAAGAGUGACUUAAAGGCUGCUUAUGCUAUAGAUCCAAAUAAUUAAGCAGUUAUUGAGGAAAUGCAUGAGGUACAAAACAAGAUAAAUAUAUCCAAAAAAAAAGAGAAGGAUAUUUAUGGAAAAUUAUUUUAAUAAUCAUACUAUGAAGAAGAGGCAACACCUGUGUCUUUAGUAGAAAAUGAUCCCAGUAAUAUAACUACAUACUUUGAUAUUAAAAUUGGAGAUGAUGAACCAUAAAGAAUUGAAUUUAGUUUAUUUAAGAAAUCUUGUCCUAAAACAGUAGAGAAUUUUAGAGCACUUUGUACAGGUGAGAAAGGUAUUGGUAAAGCAGGAAAGCCUUUACAUUAUAAGGGUUGUGAAUUUCAUAGAUUAAUAAAGGAUUUUAUGAUUUAAGGAGGAGAUUUUACUUAAGGAAGUAUAAAAUUUAUAUAAUGUUUAAGAUGGUACUGGUGGUGAAAGUAUUUAUGGUGAGAAAUUUGCAGAUGAGAACUUUAGUCAUAAACAUACAGGAAGAGGAUAUUUGAGUAUGGCUAAUGCUGGUCCAAAUACAAAUGGAAGUCAAUUUUUCAUUCUUUUUAAAGAUACACCUUGGCUUGAUGGUAAAUAAAUAAUUAAUAAUUUAUAGGCAAACAUGUUGUAUUUGGUAAGGUAACUAAGGGUAUUGAAUUACUUGAUGUAAUUGAGAAAAUAGAAACAGAAUAAGAUAAACCAAAAGUUAGUAUUGUUGUAGUUGAUUGUGGAGAAAUUAAAUAAUGA